UUUAAUUUACGCCUGAGGCAAGGAGACGUUGACAAAUACAUCGUUUUAAUUUAAACAUUUAACUGUACCUUCAUCAGAUUUACGUAAGCACUACAGGAGGAUAAACCGGCGAUGCAGGAAUAAUUGAAGCUUGAACUCUCUCUUUCUGGAUUUGGUGUUUCAACAUUUCUUCGAGUUUUCGCGAGGAGCUAUUUUUUACUGAUUUAUUACGAGCUUUGUGAAGAUUUUGUUUAAAUUAGUUUUAAAUUUUCUUUUCGUUGUAUCUAACAAAAACUGUACAAAAACUGUACAAAAACUGUAAUUAGAAAUGGGUAAUGGUUUUUUACGUAAGCUUACCACAACGUUGUCUGUGAUAGCGUGUCUAUUGCAAAUCGCUUCAGUUGCAUCGCCGGGUUGGAUUAUAUAUAUUAAAGGGAACAUUGAAGAACAUCAUGGUUUAUUUUAUAAAAGGACAUGCAAGACCAUUGUAGAUGACACUAAAUGUAAAGUCGAGUCCUUCCAUGAACUACAUCAUGACCUUAGAGAUCGACUGGUAAAUGCGAAGGUUAGCAGAGAGAAAAUAGCAUCUGUUGAUUUCGCAUACAAUUCGUUGAUAUGUAAGCAAGUUUUGACAAUGGUUGCUGUAUGCUUAGGACUAGGAAUGGCAGUCUCUCAGGUGGUACAGAGUAUCAAAAAGCAUAAAGGCUUUCAAAGGCUAAUCUUUCUGUCAGCAGCAACGGCUGCGACAUCAGCGGGAAUGGUUAUUGUUGUCGCUUGCAAUGACAUAGUAACUAUCUACUACCAGAUAGAGCUUCAGAGCUUUGAUGACGACAGAGACCAUACAUACGUUGGCUUCCCUUUCUGCUUGGGAAUGUUACUGGGUUCUGCCUUUCUUCAUUUUUGGAGUCUUGUGGCCAUCUUUCCUCAGCUGCACACACCAAGGGUCAAGGUCAAAGUGCGUAAAGCUUUACCAAGAGACGACGAACCCAAUGGUGUUCCAUCCACGUAUGUUCCACCAGUCACCACAUUGAACGAAGUAUCUGUACCAAAACCAGCAAAAAGCAAAAUGGUGGGAAAUGAUAACCUUGUAUUUUCGGAAAAACUUUAAUACUGUAACAUAAUGUAAUGCGAAGGUUGGACGCAGAUAUGACUCUCGAUGAAAUGUUAAAGGAAAAGUGUCUAUCAGGUACAUGUGAAUAUGAAAAAGAAACAAAGACAAGUCAGAAUUUCUAGGAACAUUAUUCAGAUAUGUAAUAUACUGCAGCUUAUUUUACAAUUAUUCAAGACAUAAUUAUUCCUUCAAACUUGUUAACUCUUAUCAUGCUGGACACGUUUGAUCCUGCAUUUGCGACCAGUGUAUAUUAUGAUCAACCUGGACAUCCAUGGUGUAGGCUGAUGAUGCUGUUCAGUCAGUGAAUUUUCAUUGAACAUCCCUUCAGAUGAUAAAUGGUGUUGCCCAAAUUAAGUGAUGGAUCAGUCCAUUUUCGAAAUUCAGCAGGUUAAGUCAAUAUGAAUGAUAUUGCAGUCAGUAUCUGCUAACAACCGCCGAAAGCUUAGCUUGUAUCAUAAAAUACUGAUAAGAGGGGUGUUCAAAAAGUAAUGCAACAGGAUCUGUGUUUUAUAAACUAUGCUCCUUCUGUUAAAUAUUCUCGCUUGUAUUGAUUAAAUUGUUUCUCAUCUCCUCGGCGCUACCACGCAUUACUUCAUCACAAAAGAGGGCAUUCUUGGCCCCUAUUUUCGUGUAUAAAUAAAGAAAUUUAACUUUCAAAUAUGCUCGCUUAAAAAUCAAACUUCACGGUGUUUUAGGAUUUUGUAUAUUUUCUAUCGGAUUUCUAUUAAAAAUAUUUUAUCUUUUAAAAGUGUUGAUUUUUGGGUUGUUCGUUACUAUUAGUUGAACUUCCUGUAUCGUCAGUAUAUUUUAAUUUCCACUACUUACAGUUUUCAUAGAAUUUCUACAUAUUGAAAUUAAUCAGCAGUUUUUUUUUUAAAUCGUGCAAUUAUGGUCGUUUUUUUAAGGACAUUCCAAUGUUUAUUUCCUGCGAAAACUCCUACUUCCUAACUAUGGGAUACUUACGUUUGGUGUCAAUGUCAAUCUUGAGUGGGCUAUUUCUUCACAAACAUACAGACAAUUCGAAACAUGAAAAACAUGAGACACAAUAACAUAAUUCAACUUUUGACUGCUCUGCACAUUUUAUGGCCAUCCAAAAGAGGCGCCUGCAGAAGACAAACUGGUAAACAAACUAGCUCUUGUUGCUAGCGAAUAUGACUGUUCUCAAAUCAAACUUACGUGGCAAAGUUAUUCAUUAUCUGAUUCCGGUCGACACUUUGUACCGAAUACCUAAAACAAAAUGUCAGUCUUUAAUCUAAUUCAAAAGAUUAAAUAGCUUACAAAUUGGUCGCUUUUUCUUAAAAAAAAAUGAAAACGUAUUCCAACUGUUUAUCUAAUUUAAAAGAUAAAAUAGCUCGAAAAUAGGUCGCAUUUCUUUUCGAAAAUCCCUCGUAUACAGUUCUGGCAACAGACCUUAUAGUGUCUACUUUAUGUUCAGCCAUAACAAGUGAUUGUUGUAUGACAAUACGUUGGACAUUCAAACAACUAUGCAAGAUAUGAUGGAUAAACCACAUGACAUUGUAUACUUUUUCUGCAAGGACUUUGCUUCUGCAUGAUGUGACAAGCUUUCAUUUUUGCAUCCUCGACAUGAACAAAUUUAUAUGUAGAAAGUGUAAAUAAUCUUAUUAAACAUACGCCACAAUAGCAAUUACUUCACUGUAUAGGAGUUAAAACUUAAGUUCAAGUAAAUAGAUAUGCUUUUGAUAUAAAUUACACGGUUCAAUUCUCA